UAUCCAUGGGUUGAUAUCAACCCGAUUACCUCCUACCACUCACAGGGACAUUCAUUUUGGAUAGAAGCACCAAAAUUAUGGUUUCAGACCAUGCACAAGAACCCCAAAUGAGCAUCAUUGAUGUUCCUAAGGUGGGAGCUCAAAGCAGGGUUACCUGUAAAGUGAAAUAUACAUGUUCUUCUGCUCCUCCUGCCCUGUCUCUGAAUGGCAUUCCUGGAACAGACCGCACCAUUGACUCCUUGUUGUCAGACGGCAUUUGGGAAAGAACAAUAGAACGAACUUGGAAUGUAGAAGAAGACCACAAGAAGGUGGAGUGCACUGUGAGAUAUCCUGGUGGACAAAGUGCCAAAAGUGAGCUCCUCCUGCAUGUUGAAUGUCCAUUUGAAACAAUCAAAAUGGUUGAACCUCCAGGAGAGCUAACAGAAGGAGUGGCAAAGAGUGUAAUUUGUUCUGUGUCCUACAAAUGCAAGACAAAUACACCAACAAUUGAGUGGAACUUUUCAGACAUGCUGCAUUUACAAAAGCUCAAAAAAAUAUCCAGUAAUACGUAUACCACUGAGUCCAAUCUUACGUUUAUUGGUUCCCUUGAAGACAAUGGAAAACCUUUGACCUGCAUUGCACAUUUUCUGACUGGAGAAACAUCAAACUCCUCACUUCUUCAGAUAAAAAAAUAUGUACCGGUUGAAGAAGAACUGAACGAGAAAGAUACUUUCCGCGUCCUGGCUGCUGACGUCCCUGGCAGAUUCAAUGCCUUGACUCGGUCCUGUGUGGUCAUCCCCUGCAGUUUCCAGGAUGACGAGGAUCAGCCCUGA